UUCGUUCAACAAGGAUCGUACUCUGGGAUUUUCUGCCUUGAUCGGUAAUGUACUCUACUGAGAAGGGAUUUCAUUUGCCGGGAUGGAUUUCCAAGAGUACAGGGUCAGAGGUAAGGAGAUGGUGGACUACAUAGCGGAUUACCUAGAGAACAUCCGGGACCGGAGGGUGUAUCCGGCAGUCAAGCCAGGGUACAUCCGGGAGUUGGUGCCGGCACACGCCCCUCUGGAGCCAGAGAACUGGGACACCAUCUUCGGUGACAUUGAGAGAGUAGUCAUGCCAGGGGUGACACAUUGGCAAAGUCCCUACAUGCACGCUUACUUCCCGGCGCUCAACUCUAUACCUUCGUUGCUGGGGGACAUGCUAGCCGAUGCUAUCAACUGUUUGGGAUUUACAUGGGCUUCCAGUCCUGCGUGCACAGAACUAGAGACGGUCGUGAUGAACUGGCUAGGAAAGAUGAUUGGUCUUCCAGAGGAGUUUCUACACACAAGGAGUGAUAGCAAGGGAGGAGGUGUUAUACAGACUACAGCGAGUGAAGCCACGUUUAUAUCACUACUGGCUGGUCGGACCACGGUCAUCCAGAGGUACAAGGAGGUCGACCAAGGGCUUGAAGACGCGGAAAUCAACAGUCGCUUGGUUGCUUACUGCUCCGACCAGGCUCACUCAUCGGUGGAGAAAGCUGGUCUGAUAGGCCUUGUCAAGAUGAGAUACAUAGAGAGCGAUGAAAACCUCAGCCUUAGAGGGGACCGACUCAGGGAAGCCAUCGCCAGGGACCGAGAAAAGGGACUUGUGCCGUUCUUCCUGUGUGCUACAUUGGGCUCUACUGGUGCCUGCUCUUUCGACAAUCUUGAAGAGGUUGGACCAAUAUGCAAAGAGGAAGGACUCUGGCUACAUGUGGAUGCUGCUUAUGCUGGCAGCGCUUUUAUUUGUCCGGAGUUUCGGAAGUGGCUUAGUGGCAUCAACUACGCGGACUCCAUAGCCUUCAACCCCAGCAAGUGGCUUAUGGUCCAUUUCGAUUGCACCGCAAUGUGGGUUAAAAACAGUGGAGCUCUUCACAGAACCUUCAAUGUGGAGCCACUGUACCUCCAGCAUGAGAAUUCAGGUCUAGCUAUUGACUAUAUGCACUGGCAGAUAGGACUCAGUAAACGUUUUCGUGCCUUGAAACUCUGGUUUGUCAUCAGAAGAUUUGGCAUCAAAGGUCUACAAGCUCACAUUAGAGAGGGAGUUCGCUUGGCUCAAAACUUCGAGGCACUGGUCCUAGGAGACCCCAGGUUUGAGAUUCCCUUUGCCAGACAUCUUGGCAUGGUCGUGCUGCGUAUCCGAGGAGACAACAUCCUCACGGAGCGCCUCCUCAAGCGCAUCAACUCCCGCGGUAACAUCCACUGCGUGCCCGCAUCGCUCAAAGGAAAGUAUGUAAUCAGGUUCACAGUUACGUCUUCUCGCACAACCUUGGACGACAUCACAAGAGACUGGGCUGAGAUCAAGACAACGGCCACAGAGAUAAUCUACGAGAGCUCAGACAUCACAGGGGCUGCAAGACAGAGGGUGCCACUCGGAGGUAUAACUCGAGUAAAAAAUGCAGAUUUUGGGUCAAGCUUGCUUCUUGCCAAUUCACCAAUGUCUCCAAAGAUUGUUAAUGGAAGCUUUGCUGCUAUUUUUGACUUUGGUGAUGCCCAGCUUCUCCUUUUAAUAAGCUUCUGAGCCUUCAAGCAAAGGACA